UUCCCCCUGAAUCUCGAUCCAAAUCAGUAAAUGUGGAAAAGGCCAAGCCUCCCAACCUGCAGCACUUAAACAAUGUCCUGCAGUUUUGGUUAAACCUUCUGUUUUGACUCCAAUAAACAGUCUCAGUCACGGCUACAACGUUCUUGUUCUGGAAAUUCCCAUGGGCUCGGUUUUUCUUUCUACAAGUUUCGCAACACAAGUAUCAGAGGUUUUUUUUUUGGUUUUUAGGGGGGAGGAGGAGGACAAACAUUCUAAAAAUCUGUAUUUCCUGAUUCCUCUUCGCCCUGCAGAGUGCGUGGCUUUGGCGGGAAUCUGCUCAACGGGAUGACGUCUCUCCAGGAAGACGGGCCUACUCGUUUGGCGGGAAUUCAAGUUUCUACAGGAGGAAUGCCAAGGAGCAGGUUUCUUAAGAAAUGCCUCCCAGAAUUCUAAUUUUUCAGGCCACACGCCCUGCGAAACAUCUCCACCUCACGCCCGCGGCCCCAGUGGGAGCUCUGGCCACAGCAAACGGAUGAGUUUUCACUGCGCGAGGAGGUGCUCCGCUUGAAACGGCUGGAUGGCACGACGCUGCUGUCGCUUGAGAAACAUCUUGAUCUGCGUGUGUACGCCAUGCUGCUGCCUGACCGCGCUGUCCAUCUACGCCAUCGUCACCAUUUCCCUGCAAGUGAAUUCAAUGAUGUUGGGACACGUCCCCAGGGUCUCGUCAAAUCUGGCGAGCCCCCAUUUUGUAGCCGCGGGUGCUUCGAGCAACGGCAGCAAUCCCUCCGUCCCUAAAACCUUCUGGGAACGACAUCUGCGAAGCGAUGCCUUGUGGAACCGGCUCCAACGGCACGUCGACCGCCAUUUCAACCCCAUCGUCCGCAAAGAAAAGUCCGACACGUUGUUAGAACGAAGUAGCUUUGACGAGUCUCUGCUGCCCCAAAGCUACUUUGAAGUUACCGGCAUGGACAGCGUGAGGGAGAACUUUGAGAGACUACCAAAGCAGGUAGAAGAAUUUGCGAGCAACAUGCACAAGAGGAACUACUCUAUCCUCAUCCGACCAGAUGGAGAGUGUGGAGCUCAGUCAAAGCAGGAGAAGGAGCCUCCGCUGAUUCUCUUUGCCAUCAAGUCAACGGCGCUAAACUUCAGGAACCGACAGGUCAUUCGACAGACUUGGGGUCGGGUGGGAUGGGUGGAGGGACAGAGGAUCAACAGCAGCGACGGUGAUAUGGGCGGAGGAUACAUCCGAAGGGUAUUCUUACUGGGCAAAGAAACCCCAGAAGACCUGGGUGUAGACAUAUCCCAUUUACUAAGAGCAGAAAGUAAGCGUCACGGAGACAUUCUGCAGUGGGAUUUCAAAGACACGUUUUUCAACCUGACUUUGAAGGACGUGCUCUUCUGGCGCUGGUUCUCACGCCACUGCGGUAAGCCUCUCUUUGUCUUGAAGGGAGACGAUGACGUCUUUAUCAACACCCCAAAGCUGAUCAGCUACCUCCAGGAUCAGCUAGAGGAGCACAGAUCCCGCAACACCCUGCAUGAGUUCAUGGUCGGCGAGGUGAUAGGGUCUGCUUUACCCAAUCGAGUGAGCAGGUCAAAGUAUUUUAUCCCGGAGGGCUUCUACAGGGGGCUCUACCCCAUGUACGCGGGCGGAGGAGGGGUGGUGUACUCGGGCGAGUUGGCUCGACGCCUGCACAACAUCUCUAAAACAAUUCACCUGUUUCCUAUUGACGACGUCUACGUCGGAAUGUGCAUGAUUCGGCUCAACGCCCAUCCCGUCCACCACCCGGCUUUCCGCACCUUCGACUUCACCGAGAAGGAAGAGGCACAGCCGUGUUCGUACCACACCAUCCUUCUGGUCCACAGGCGAAGCCCCAGAGAAGUAGUCGACCUGUGGGCCAACCUGAAAGACACGAGAGAACAAUGUCAGGAUGUACCUCUGAGGGCGGUCGAGAAGAAAAAACAGAGAGCAACGCCACCACCGAGUGUUUAAGCGCAGCUCAGGACUCUUAUCUGAAAAAACAAUGUUAAAAAGAGUUCUGAUCAACUGUGACUGCUUCAAUGUGUUUUCCACACAUUGGAAAACUUUUAGUUUGUUCAUUGUACUUCCUCUUGUUGGGUUA